CGCAUUGUUAAUAGACUCGGAAUAUGAAAGUUAAGGUUGGACAUAUGUUACAAAUAUACUGAAAUGUAAAUUGAUAAUCUAAUAAUGUGUUAUUUAGCCUUUAAAGUGAAAAACGAACAAUUGAUAUUAUAAUUCUAUUUAUAGAUUUAUGAAAUUCCGUAACCUAAUGUUAUUUAUAGAAUUCCGAGAAGUACGUAGAACAGUUUCUCGGUAUCGAGGCCGUAUCUAAACACAUAUAUGAAUUCUGUUCUUGGUAAAUCAGUAACGUUGUAUAAAUAAGAGAUUUGUGCUUGGAAUUUAUUAAAUUGCUACGCAGAGCUGAAGUGAUCGUUUAACUGAAAUAUUAAUGAUAAUAUUUUUAUCUAAUUACUGGAUAAGUUAAUAGGAAUUUUGUUGACAUUUGUGAUACAUAAGUAAUAGCGGAUUGGAGAGAUAAAUUGUUAGGUUUAUAUAACGUUAUUAUUUCAACUUCAAACCCAGAUAACCAUAUGGGCGGACCCGUGUGUGUAGAGAGUCUUCAUAUGGCCUGUCGGCACAACGUACAACAAUCCGACGGUAACGAGAAUGCCGACGACACCAAAACCGGCCAUGUACGAUCCUCAGGCAGAACGUCGGCGUUACACAAACAUUCCGACACAUAUUACUGCGAAAAAGAUCUUUAUGUACAUAUAGGAACAAGGUACACAUUAUAUUUUGGAUGUUUUUACCAUCAAAAUAUUGGCAGUACGGAGGCAAAACUAAUUUUAAAAUCAUGUCCAGUUGGAACAUUUUUAGUACGUGAUAGUUCGGAUUCCAAAUAUCUAUAUACAAUUAGUGUUAAAACCAGUCGAGGACCUACCAGUAUUCGAAUAUUUUACGAACGUGGGAGAUUCACUUUAGACGCCGACGAAAAAUCUAAACGCCAGAUGCCAAAGUUUACUUCACUUUUAGAACUAAUUGAUUAUUACAUUAGAAAAAGCCAAGGCAAAAAGUCAGAACAAUGCAGAUUUCUUGAUAAAAAUGGUAAAAAAGAUCUACCAAUAGUUAUGUCAAAACCAAAGAUUACGUCUGUGCCGACUUUAAAGCAUUUAACAAGGACGCUAAUAAACCGAUCCCUUCCGGCGGCGAGUUCGUCGGGAGUACCUUCACUAGUUGAUGAUCUACCUCUUCCGAAACCUUUACGGAGUUACUUAAAGGAUUAUCCAUACUUGUACUGAACAACAUUACGGGUGUUUGAAAAGGAAUAAAAUUCCGCGCACGUGCAAUACAUGGACUAGAUGCACGCGACACAGUUCCCGGGAAGUUACCGGCGCCGACUAACGGAAGAAAAUUACUGAUUACUAACAGACGAAUCGGCGAUCGACUGCGGAUGUUUGCAGAAUCAAACGUGCCAAAUUCAGGACAGUGAGAUAGAAAACAGAGAACAGGUUAUGCAUCAAUUAACAAAAGUGAUUGUUCUGUUGUUUUUUUUUCUCAUGACGACUAUUAAUGUACAUUUAUUAAUGUAUUUGUACAUGAUAAAUUAAUGUAUCUGUACAAGAUACUGUGUUCGUUUUUACAACUGUUUCUCAGGGAUUUUAAUUAGUUAGAAUUCUAUAUAUUAUGUAUACAGAUAUGUGUAAAGAAGAAUGUAUCUUUCAACUUUGGAGCCGAAGUUUUUUCGAGGACAUAUUUUCAACGAAUGAAUUUCUUUUUCUUUAUUUUCUUUUCCUAUAUUAGCCUGAUAAUUUAUUCGCCAAACAGUUAUUAUUUAUUUAUGUUUUCAGACGAAUAGCAUAAACUAGACAAUAGUAAUUUUGUUGUGUUGUUUGUCUAUCAAAAUGUAGAUUUAUUAAUUUUAUCGAAUAACGGUUGAAAAAAUAAAUAAAUAGGUAAAAUAAAUCCGAAA